CACACACACACCCAGUUAGGUCACAAGGCCGACCUGCUCUGAUGUGAGUGGAGGUCUGAGGUGGAUAUAAGAGGCAACGUCAGGUGAGUCCUCAGAACACCUGCUGAGUUCUUCAGGAUCGGUUCUAGGAUCUGAAAUUUCAAGAUGUAUCCAAACCAAGGGAACCAGUAUCCUGGAUACCCAAACCAACCUCCACCUCCAGGCGGUUACCCUCAGUACCCCCCUGGCAGCUGCCCACCCCCGACCUGCCCCCCUCAGCCCCACUACCCACCAGGACCUGGAUUUGGUCCUGGGCCCGGAUACGGCCAGGGUCAAGUACCGGGAUACGGCCAGGGUCAAGUACCGGGAUGCGGCCAGGGUCAUGGACACGGACAUGGACACGGACACGGACAUGGACACGGACAUGGACACAAGCACAAGCACAAGAACGGACACAAGCACGACAAGUGCCACAAACAGGGCAAAAACUGUCACGGGUCGUCCAGCAGCUCCUGCAGCAGUGACUCUGACUGAGGAAAUAAACAACAACAACAACAACAACAACAACAACAACCACCACCACCUGUUGAUGGAAAAGAAUGAAGAAUUUAACUGUCUGUAAACAUUUUAUACUGAAGGGUAAAAAUGAUUUUCUUUAAAAAGAAAGUACUGUGUCUGAUAAAACCUCAUGAUCAUUCA